CCAAUGUUACCAGGAUUUCAAGCCACCCUCAUAACAAAGUUCAGCGUCGAGGCUAAGUGUUGUUAUCAUGAUUGAUACAGAUGAACCGUAGAGUCAAUAUCAAUCGUGACGUGUGUAGCCCUACGUGUAGGCAUUGAAAUAAUGGAUUUAGGUUAUGACGGUCUAUGUGAUCGCCAAUAUUGAACUCGAAUACCCCUGAGACGGACAGAUUGUGAUGUUCCAGAACAUUUGAAGUAAAUAAAGAAGUGGAAAAAACUGGACGAAACGUCAGAUGAGGGUGAACACAAAAGAGUGAAAAUCGAAGUGAGGAUAGAGGCAAAAAUGAGCAAGAUGGUGAAAUUAUUUUAGAAUAUAGAAAACAAAUUACAAAUUUGCAGCUAAUACAUAAUUAUACGCAGAAUUUAACAAUCUGCUGUAAGUUCGAAUUGCAUGAUUUACAACAAAAAACCACGAGAUCUCAAAAUCACCAGAUGGCAACAUGGGCCUGCACAAAAUAAAAUAUGGACAGCAUGGUGUAGUGUUUAAAAAUUUACUGAAACAUGACAAGAUUUAUUUUAGAAUAAAUUGCUGUUGCAAUUUUGCAAAACUAAAUUUGUUUUAUUUGCAGAAAAUAUUAUUAUUCUGUAGCAUGUGUCACCUUAUUGGAGACUGUAUCAAAUAGUAGAAAAAGAAUUUCAUGACGACUUUUCCGAUUUGUUACUCCACGAGAAAUAACCGACCACUAAUUUUUCUCUGUCUUUGACAAAGAUAGCCAAUAUACGUUUAAAUGUUCAGGAUAAAAUAAUUUUAAACAGCGACCCAAGCUGCAACACAGUCAUGAUGAAAGUAUGGUGUGAAAGGCGCUGUAUGAUACGCUUUUGACAAUAUAUGUUCGGUUACCAGAAAGAAAGAGAAAAUCGAUCGAUAUGAAAAGAAGAGGCCCAAAAGCGAAUGUCAAACGUAUUGUAGAAACGAAGUGAUGAAACACAAGAAGAAAUAAAAAGUCACUUGCGAUAUCUGCAAAAUCACUUUCAAUGUAAAAGGACCAGGAUAUAAACACAUGCUUCAAGCACAGCAAUUUGAGUGCGUUUCAGCGUGACAUUUGUUUGAGUAAAGUUCAAACAUAAAAAUAACACGGAACUAAUUAAAGUCCAUGGAGAAGCUCCAAUAUGCGGAUGCCAAAGUUGCUAUUUCGCAACUCUUCACUUCUCCUAUUUGUAGGUGCUCUUCAUAAGAAAAUAUACAAGUUAUUUUCAUUAUGUUUGCGAAAAUUGGGACCUAAAGUUCAGAAUAAUAGCUGAUAAUGAAAAAAACAAUGCAUCUAAUAACACACAAUGAUGAUCCUUAUGUUUGCGACAUAUGUAGCUUCAUACUGCUGAACUUGAUGACUCUCUAUCUGCAUAAAAAUUACAAGGACUAGGUGAAAGAUGGAAAGUUUUAGUGUUCGAUAUGGCAAACAAAAAAACUACAGAGGCGAAAGAAUUUACAUAGUCAUGUAAUGCAGCACAGCCUCAAGUAUAUGUGUGAAGAAUGCGGGCUAGACUUGACUCGUAAAACGAUUUUGAGAAAGCACAUGAAAACACAUGAAAACACAUGGUCUGACAGUUCCACAAAAUCUGACUGCAGUUAUGUGAACAAGACACAUCGUGCACGCGCGGAAAUGAAAAGUCCAAGGACAAUCCUUGCUAAUAUGCAGAACAGUAUGAGAUUGAAAUUGGGUGGACAAUCGGGAGGAGUACUGGAAAUGAGUCGACCAUCACAAAUUUCUUUUCAUAAGGAUGAAGAAGUCAGCGGUGAAAAAUGUUCAUCAGAAACUUUAUUGGCAAUAAAAGAAGAGGUGGUGAUUGACGAUGACACAGCCAACGUCACGAAUGAAAGCAAUAAUAAAAAUCAGAUAUGCGAAUUCUCAACUAAACACUAUCCUUACUUGCAAGUACACUUUACACGAAAACAUACCGACGAUUACAAAUACAAAUGUAGCUCUUGCAAGAAACAAUUUAAAGUGGAAACUGACUAUAAGGUUCAUAUGGCAGAUCAUGAGACUGGAUUGUUUGUAUGUGAUUUUUGCGGGUUGACAUACUCGAACAAGAGUUCUCUCUAUUAUCACAGAAACUACAAGCACACAAACAAACUGAAGUCAUUCGAGUGCAAAGUUUGUAACAAGAAGCUUCAAAGCGAAAAGAAUCUAAAAAUUCAUCUUAAGCAACACGAGGAAACGAAAUCGCAUAACCAUAUUAGGAAGGCAGUCAAAGAACGUCUGGCAAGCGAAGAAACAAACGGUGAAUAUCAGCAACAAUUACUUAAGAACAGCCAGUCAAAUUGUGAAUACACGCUAACGGAUUGUCAUCGCAUCAUGCCAAGUAAAAACACGUUGGAAUCAAGUGGAAUUUUACAAAAAGUUCCCAUGAGAAGAGGGACAAAAAUGAGAAGAACCUUUAAGCGAAGAAGACUCGCCUCGAUUAAAGAUUCCAAUGAGAUUGAAGGUCCAACAUUGAGAUCCUGCAAUGUUUUCACAGAAGAGGAUGCUGCGGGACUUCUGUCUCGAGUGAAAGAUGAAACAAAUGUGACUAAUUCAAAGUUGUCUAUCAAGAAUAGUAACAAAUCAUAUUCUGAAGAUAUAAAGCCAAGAGGCGUGCUUUACAAAAAAUUAACAGACGGUAAUUAUACUUGUGAUAUAUGCCACUCGACAUUUGAACAAAAAAGCAAAAUCAUGCGACACAUAACAAGUAAACAUAGCUUUCACAGGCCGUUUAAAUGCUCAAUUUGCUCGAAGGCUUUCAAGUACAAGUGUGACUUGAAGGCGCAUAAGUUGAUCCAUGAAACAAUUGACUCUAGCAUGUUACACAGGUGCGAUAAGUGCGAUUAUGGUACAAAGACAAAGAAUAACCUGAAGUCGCACUACAUCAGAAAACACACCGAUGAUUACAAAUUCUCAUGUGAACACUGUGGGAAAAGAUUCAAAAUGGAGUGGGAUCUGAAGUUUCACGUCGGUACACAUGGCAGCUCGCAGCAUAUGUGUGACAUAUGUGGACGAUUUUAUACAAGUAGCUACUCUCUGUACAAACACAGGAAAGUUGCUCAUCUUAAUGACUAUAAGUAUCAAUGCAACGUUUGUAACAAGAGACUUUUGACUCAGGAGAAUCUCGACAAUCACAUGCUGCAGCACAGUCAGACCUACACUUGCAAGGAAUGCGCAAAAGUAUUUGCCUCGAAACGGUACCUUUCUACUCAUAUGACGACUCACACUGGCGUUAAGCCUUAUCCCUGCCACGUGUGCGAGAAAAACUUUCGUACCUCGCACAUGAGGAAUACGCAUUUACUUACGCACUCAGCUGAACGCCCCCACAUAUGUGAUCUUUGCGGUCAGGCAUUCAAGAGAAGAUAUUACAUGAUUGAACACCGUCGGAAGCAUCCCGACGCUCACCUUUCUUCUCCACCUGUACCACUGGGUAGUAUCAGAGGAAAUCUCGGAAAUAUUGCACCCGAAUCCUCGGCUUAGUAGAUGGCGACACACGUGUACAUUUCUCCAAUCGCAAUAAGACUGCAGGAAUAAUUUUAUCGUUCAUUUCUUGUUAUACAGACAUAUGAUAUGUAAUGUACUGUAUAAUAAAUAUAACUGGGCUGAUAUACGUAAUGUAAGUCUCUUUGUUUCCGUUCGGAUUACAGUGAAUGAGGUUUGUAGCUUUGAAAAAUACUUUGCAUUGAACGUCAUUCGGAUUAAAUGGAGAUGGUGGGUUUUAUCGGUCCAAAUCACAGACCGAUAUGUACUUCAUUGCUGUAUCUAUGUAUGUUUCAGAAAGU